AAGCAAGCACACGAUCUUGCAAAUGGCAUAGGUGCUCAGUAAAUAUCUGUUAACUGAAUGAAUACUACCAAAAAUUAUAGCAACAGUUGCACAAUUUGUCUUAGUCUUUGUUGAGAAUGUUUCUAAAAUGCAUUUUUGUGUACUGUGUCUCAAGAGUGAUUUAUAUUGCACAAAAUAUAGAUGUUCAGAUGUUGUUUUCUCUAGUGAUGAAAUCCAUUCUGGUUUGAAAAUGUUACUUUUUAAGAGGUUUUUGUUUUAACUAAAACACAAGAAUUGGAGAUUACUCUUUUGCAUUUCACUACCUGUAUUAUGUCUGUCUCAGUCCAUUUGUUUUUCUAUAAAGGAAUACUUGAGACUGGGUAAUUUUUUAGAGAGGAGGAUUAUUGGGCUCAUGGUUCUGCAAGCUGUACAAGAAACACAUUGCCAAGCAUCUGCUUCUGGUGAGGUCUUCAGGCUGCUUCCACUCCCAGCUGAAGGUGAAGGGGAGUCGCCUUGUGUGGAUAACACAGUGAGAGCUGAAGCAACAGAGGGAGAGAGGAGGUGCCAGGCUCCUUUAGAGCUCUAACAGAGUGAGAGAACUCCCUCAUUACUGUGAAGGUGGCAUCAGGUUGUUCACGAGAGACCUGCCCCCAUGACCUAAACACCUCCCACUGAUCCCCACCUCCAGCAUUGGGGACCAAAUUUCAGCAUGAGAUUUGCAGGAGACAAACAUCCAAACUAUAGCAAUACCUUCAAUUACUCUUUGUACAAUAGUACUCACUAUUUAAUAUACUAAAGAACUGGAACAUGUUUAAUAUACUAAAGAACUGGAUUCUGUGGCUCAUGACUCAGUUAUAAGCAAUAUGUUCAAACCAUAGUGAAAUAUGGAUUCACCAUUGAAAACAAAAUACUCAAAGUAAAGGGUUGUACUUCAAAAUUAUUCAAUCAUAGGGAACACGAGGCACAGAAAAAUUAAGUACCUUGUCCAAUGGGAUACAGCCAGGAAGGAAUGGAAUUGAGAUUUGAAUCCAGCUCUGUUUUCUCUCCAUCAUUUAUUAUGUCUCUGGACUUAAUUUAAAGAUUCUUGUCACCAUUCCAGCCACCUGAGCACUCAACUUUCUUUCUCAGUCCUGCCUCCUUCAUUGGUGUGCCUUUGAAUUCCUGAGAGAAAACCCACCCUUUAUUCUGCAGCCUUGUCCAAAAUGUCCGCUGUGUCCUGUUAUUCACCUCCUAGUUCUUUCAUCAUUGAAAUUGUACCAUCUUUUCCUUGGACUUUCCUUUUAGUAUUGUUUGUUGCUCUUGUCAGUAAAACUAUUUUAUGCCUCUAUUCCCAGUACCUCAAAACUCAAGCCCACUUUGGAAGUCCCCCUAAAUCCACAGUCUGCUCCAAACAACGCAAAAUUGGUGGCACUUAAACUAACCUAACCAAUAUGCAUAACUCUGAAUUUACAAGACUGGCCGGAGGAAGAUACACAUGUGCUUUACAAUACAGUUGGUAAGAGGUGUUUUGACUGAUUGAGAUAGAUUCAAAAGGGGCAUCAAACCCUUCUUAUCCUGCUUUUCUUUAAUGAGUUAUCCAUUAAGCUCUGCUCCUUUUCUCCCACACUCCACUCCCACUCCUACUCCUGUGAUUGGUGCAACGUCUGCAUAUGGAUUUUUCUAUGGAGGGCUUCAUAGCUUUCAUCUGAUCUCAAAAGGUAAGUAACCUCAAAAUGUCAAAACCCUCUAUAUUAGCUAAUCCUGCAUCUCAAGUAGAACUCUUUUAUCUGUACAACAUCCUUGUUUGGCUCUUAAUUUAAAUGCUUUCAGUGAUUAGUAGGCCAGAAAUAUAUUUAUCUGACAAACCAGGUGCUAUAAAUGUCAUUUUAUUUUUCAUUUACCAAAUUUUAAGAGAAGGAGUUUGAGUCCUACCUACCACAAUUAUUGGAAAGUCAACUAUCAGUCAUUUUGGGACCUCUUUCUCUUUUCCUCCUACUUUACAAAUAUUCCUGGAGACUUUCAUGAGCCAAGCCUUCAUUCAUUCCUGGAUAUGGAUUGCUUAUUGUGGUACAGGGACUGUUCUUGUUUGGGGCUACAGCGGUGAACAAGGCAAAGCCACUGCCUUCAUGGAACUUCCCUUCAGUUUUGAAAAAGGUCUUCCAGAUGUGCGGUUCUUAAAAUGAAUACAACCCCUUAUCACACAGUGGCUGCUGUUGUCCUUGUUCCUGUGUCCACAUGAUGCUACAUUUGAGUGCUGAGUAACUGCCAUCACUCGUCCAGGCUGGAAAGGACCUUCCCAAGGGCAGUUUAGUGGCUACUCCACACCUGCUGCUCAGUUUGUUCUAGAACAAUUUAUAUAGACAGCAGUGGCUACAUUGGUCUUGGUAUCUCGCUCCCCUCUAGGAAGGAGAACAAUGUUUCAUUCUUUCCUUGUGGAUCUAAGACACUAAAAAACAAAGUACAACAUAAAUUCUCCUAGGGCAUGUUCUCACUUAAAGCUAAACAUUAAGUACUCAUGGACAUAAUGAUGGCAAUAAUAGAAACUGGAGCCUACUAAAGGGGAGAAGGAGGGAGGGGGGCAAGGACUGAAAAACUAACCAUCAGGUACUAUGCUCAGUACCUGAGCAACAGGAUCAUUUGUACUCCAGAAUUCCAGCGUACCCAGAUAACAAAGCUGCGCAAAUACUCCCUGAGUCUAAAGUAAAAGUUGAAAUAAAAGAUGAAUUCUCAAUUGGUCACUCAAGUACGUUUAAAAUAUGAUUUUAGAAGUUUGAUCAAUUAAUAUGUUAGCAACAUGUCUCAUAUAAAGCAGUUGUGCAUUAAAAUACUCUAACAUGAUUAAAAAGGAAUAUAUUUUGUGUGUAAGUCAUCUUUAUACGUUGCAUUUGGCUUCUUGCCUAUGACACUGAAUUAUAAACUCCUAGACAAAAGGCACAUUGAUGAUAUUGACCACAUUAACAACAAUAAUACUAUUGAACAUUUAUUGAACACGUUAUGUGCUAAGCCCUGUGCUGAAUGCUUUCCAUGAAUUAUGUCAGUAAUUCUCAUGAUGACGUUGUGAGCUGAAACUGUUUUCCUUGUUGAUAAGGAAAUUGAGACUCAGAGUAUUGAUUCCAACCCUGAAAUAAAAAUACUAUGACUAAAUAGCAUGAGUUUUUUAUUCCUCAAGUAAUCAUGUAGCAAUUUUGUUUGAGACAGUCAAGAAAGAGAGUUAGAAAUAGCUUCCCUUACUUAAGUUGUUAGUACAGAUUCAAUUCCUAAGACUAUAGGUGGAGAUAGACUCAUCUCUUCUGAUGCAUUUUAUUUUCUUUUCUUUUUUCUUGAGAUGAAGUUUCACUCUUGUUGCCCAGACUGGAGUGCAAUGGCGUGAUCUUGGCUCACUGCAACAUCCGCCUCCCAGGUUCAAGUGAUUCUCCUGCUUCAGCUUCCUGAGUAGCUGGGAUUACAGGCACGCACCACCAUGCCUGGCUAAUUUUGUAUUUUUAGUAGAGAUGGGGUUUCACUAUGUUGGUCAGACUGAUCUUGAACUCCUGACCUCAGGCGAUCCACUCACUUCGACCUCCCAAAGUGUUGGGAUUAGAGGCAUGAGCCAUUCUGACGCAUUUUCUAAGAUUAAGCACUAAAUGUUGACUAUCUCACAAAAGAUCUUACUUCACACCUGUCUUUGACUUGUUUCAUACAUUCCAAAAAGCUUCGCACUUUUCCUUAGUGAAAACCUGAUUUAGUUGACUUUAUCACACUAACUUAUUAACUCAAAAGAAUAAAUUAUGUUUUUCAAUUUAACUUCUAUUUGAGAUUGGUUUUCCAAACCUUUUUGACUGUUGAAGUUGGUGUCUCUGAUUGUGAAAUGCAGUUUUCUUCCUUUAAAUUAGUCACUCAUGCAUUAUUACCUGAAACCAUUUUACCAUCCUCACCUCUCAUGUUUUCUCUUGCUGUCAUGGUCCUGUUCAGGUUGAUGCCACUGUGGGAGCUAUUGCUAUGGUCACAAUGCUCUCUUUUCAUCAUAUAACUGGUUUGUAAAAAUUAUUUUGAUAGAACAAAUCUUUCUUAGCCAACCCCUCAACACCCAACUGUGUCAGUGUCAGUUUAUUUACAGGCCAUUGAUUCAAGAAUUUAAAAGAAAAUUGAAGGCCAAAGCAAUCACAAGGUAAUUAUAAUUUAAAGUGAGUUCUUCUCAACUUACAUAUAAUGAUACAAGAAUUUUUAAAUUCCAAGAUUCUCCAGAAGCUUAAAUGGAAAAAUAAAGUGCAUCGUAAGAUCAUACAUCCCCUCACCCUCCCACAUGUACACCCCUAUACACUUGUAUAUAAAACACAGUUCUGGAAGAAGAUAUUAAAAUAAAAAACUUAAAUAAUUACUUUUGUAGAGUAGGAAUGGAGAGUUGGGGCUAUGGAGGAUAAUUUUUAUUUUUUAUUGCUAGUUUUAAACAUUUUCUUAUUGAGAGAGAGAGGGACAUCCGGCUUCCGAGCGGUAACCUUUGUUGCGCCGGUGACGCAAAAAGGGAAUUAAAUAUGGGUGAUGUUGAGAAAGGCAAGAAGAUUUUUGUUCAGAAGUGUUCCCAAUGCCACACCGUGGAAAAGAGAGGCAAGCACAAGACUGGGCCUAAUCUCCAUGGUAUCUUUGGGCGGAAGACAGGUCAGCCCUCUGGAUUCACUUACACUGUUGCCAAUAAGAACAAACGCAUCACCUGGGGAGAGGAUACACUGAUGGAGCAUUUGGAGAUUCCCAAGAAGUACAUCCUGGGAACAAAAAUGAUCUUUGCUGGCAUUAAGAAGAAGGGAGAAAGGGCAGACUUGAUAGCUUAUCUCAAAAAAGCUACUAAUUAGUAAUAAUUAUGUCUCAUGACUUUUUAUGUGUACCAUGCUUUAAUUGAUAUCAUACACCAGAAUUUACAUCAUGAAUGACUACAGAAUAUUUUAUUGCGCAGUCCUGAUUUAAAACUGGUUUAAGACUGCCUUGUGGUUAAAUGAAUAUGUUCAGUUUUUGAAUUUUAAUAGUAAUUCCAAUUUAGUAAAUGCUAUCACUGUUUACCCCUUCUAAAGAUAUGAUUAGACUUCAUUAGUAAUAUUACACUUUUCACAGAGAUGGUGAGUGCCAUCUUAAAACUUACUGGAGAGUGGUUUUAUAGUUAGAUUUAUAUAACUGGUUAUGUGAAUAUAUUUAAAUAUGGGAAAAUUCCUUCACUGUCUCAGAACCGAGCAAGAUUCACCUGUGUUUUGUGUUCAUUUGCCUCUUAAAUGCAAAGGUUGACGAUAAAUGGGUAGCAAUGGCUCCUUUAUAUUUUUGGCCUUAACUAUGCCAGUCUAAUUAGAAUUCUCUGUAUUUAAAAUGGUUCCUUUUACUUAUUGAAAGGCAUUUUAGUGUGGUUUAUGUGUAAUAUCAAAAGUUAUUUAACACUUCACACGUUUUAUAAAGCAUGUGAUCCGUAAGGUCACAUGCUUUUAAAACAGUAGCCAAUUAAACUUCACUCUGGAAUUCUUUACCAGAAAAAAACUUUUUUUGUAUUGCUUUUAUAAUUUAAACCAAUUUAUUUUAUAUUAAAAUUUAUAUUUUUUCUUAAUUGCAGUAAAAGAUGCAUAACAUAAAAUUGACCAUUUUAAAGUGUAUGAUUCAGUGUCAUUUAUUGUAUUCAGAAUGCCGUACAACUACCACCACAUUGACCAUGAUCUAGUUCAAGAAUAUAUUCUUCACCCCAAAGGGAAGCUCAUUGCCCAUUACAUAGUCACUCCUUAUUCCCUCUCUUCUCUUCUGCACCUAUCACUAAUCUGCUUUCUUUAUCUUCUUGCCUAUUCUGGAUGUUUCAGAUAGAUGGACACUUAUAAUACAUGACCCUUUAUGUCUGGCUUUUUUUAAUUUAGCGUGUUUUCAAAGCUCAUCUAUGUUGUGGCAUGUGUCACAAUUCAUUCCUUUUUAUGGCUGAAUAAUAUUCCAUUGUGUAGAUAUACCACAUUUUGUUUAUCCUUUCAUCAGUUGAUGAAAAUUUGAGUUGUUUUGCCCUUUUGCUAUUUGUCAGCAGUGCUGCUAUGAAUAUUUCAUGCACAAAUUAAAAAAUCCAGGUGGUUAAAAAAUAUCUUUUUGUGUCUUCCCAUUGCCUAACCCUGUGAUAAACCCAGGCCUGGCCUUGCUGACUGUUUGCCCAACCUUCCAUGUUGUUAUAUUCCUUUGUGUUUUUGUCCAUGCUCCUUUUCCACCUUCCAUCUGUUUGAUGGAUACACCUUUCAAGAUUCAACUUAGGUGUUACCUCCUCAAUGAGGUCAUUGCUGACACAGCUCCUGGCCUGCCUUCCAUGGGUGGAAUGCAGUGGUGUGAUCUCAACUUACUGCAGUUUCCACCUUCCGGGUUAAGUGAUUCUCGACUCUCAGCCUCUUGGGUAGCUGGGACUACAGGUGUGUGCCACCACCCCAAACUAAUUUUUUUGUUGUUGUUGUAUUUUUGGUAGAGACGGGGUUUCACCAUGUUGGCCAGGCCGAUCUCAAACUCCUGACCUCAGAUGAUCUGCCCACUUUGGCCUCCCAAAGUUCUGGGAUUACAGGUAUAAUCCAUUGUGCCCAGCCUGCGUCCCACUUUCUACUCAGUGCCUCUUUUCAACGCUUACUUGAUCUCAUGAGUCUCCCCUAAACCUGACCUUGAAGGCAGGUUCAUGACUUUUUCACCUUUGUGUCUACAGCACUUAACACAUGGUAGGUACUCGGAUGAAUAUUUCUUUGCUAAAUGGUGCUUGGAUUUUUUUCACCACAGGUUAACCAGGUUAUCUUCCAAAUAACUAAUUGUUUGAAUAAGAACUCUGUUUUUUUCUAAUCUAGAUGCCAAUGUAUUUGGCUACUGGGAGCUGUAAUUAGUUUCAUGUCCUGGUGAGUAAUUAGGAACCCUGGAAGAGUACAUUUUAAUUAGAACUCUGAGACCUCAUAAAGUUCUCAAAUGCCUUUAACUUGGACUAUGUUAAGGACCAGAAAUAAUGUUGAUUAUAAAGGCCUGCUUGUUUCUUUUGGUUUUGUAUUAUGGUUUAUUAAGUGUUUGCUUUUUCAUAAGAUGGUAAUUUACUUUAAAUGUUGCUUGUAAAUGCCACUUAUAAUUUAUAGACCUGGAACAUGGUAGACCCUCCACGAGCAAUAGCUCUUAUUAACCAUUGCCUGUCCACCACAGUACUUUACACAGUGUUUUUGCGCAAAAUCAGCAUUCAAUGUAUGCUUUUGAAUGAAAGAAUAAAUAGAAUUGUUAUAUGCUUUGCACAGAGUAGACAAGAAAUAGUUAACAUCCUCAGAUGGUUGUAGCCAAUGUGCUUGAAGGGGCAACACAAGAAGAAACAUUGUUGGUGACUUCCACACACCUGAGCUGAGUUUUUCUCCUGUGCUAUUUAACCUAUAAAUUGUUUCCUUUCACCUCAUGUAGAGUGAUCUCAUGUACACUUUAACCCUUUUUUGAAAUGCAAAACAGAAGCUAUUCUGGGUUCCUAGAUUAGCGGGGGCACUUGUGCCUCCUCACCUUCCCGCAGAGCGUGGACUCAAUGGUCUGUGGCGCUAGUGUGGUUGGAGCUUAUGAGAGCUGACAAUAGCUGAUGGAGAGCGAGGACCUCAAGGUCUUAGGGAUAAAAUAGUAAGCAAAAGAGAUGCAGUUCCUGACUUAUUUGCACUCGGAGUCAAUAAUCAAAUUAGUAUGGAUAAGUAUACAAUUUCUAAAAAGAAAAAAUGCAGAGUGCCAUGGAGAUGUAAAUCCAGAGGACUUGGCUUAUUUUGAGAAGAUGCUUCAAGAAUGUAACCCUAAAGAAGUCAUGUUGGAGCUGAGUCUGAAGGUUAAGUGGGAAUUAAUUAGGCAGAGAGAGGGAGGGGAAAGGUCUGUCUGUGCAAAGACCCAGAGGGGAGGAGGAACCAGGAACCAUGUGGUAAAGAAUGGAGGAGGAGGGGGUGAUGGAACUAGAUGAAGGCAGAGAGAAACAAUAGUCAUUCCCAUUAGCCCAAGAGCAAGGGAAAGCCUGUGAAGGAAGAUAGGUGAGAUUUACAUUAAAAAAUAUAUUAAAAAUAAUUUCAGAAUCAGGAGCAGAAUGGAGCACAGCAAGACUAGCUGCUGGAGGAGGUGAGUUAGGAAAAGACUGCAGUGGACUACAAAAGAGAUAAGUAGAUGGUGAUGGAGAUGGAGAGAAACAGGGAGAUCUGUAAGAUGAGGAGGCAAAUCAGUGGGAUUUGAUGAAAAAUGGAUAAGGAGGGAGAGGGAAGAGCCUUCCUGGCUUUUAGGAUUGUACAACUGGAUGGAUGUGGUGGCUGUCACUGAGUGUUGAAGUCAAAUAAAAUGCAGAGACAAAUCUCUGAAAUUAAAACAUUUUAUUUGGGAAGAAAGAAUUAAUGGCACUAGUAAGAGAGCUGGCAAGUUUUGAUUGGUUAAGUGACGGUAACAGGUAAAACUAUUCUUAAAGUCAUAGGAGAUUGUUUCAGCAGCUACUAGAUAAAACUGUUUUCAGGUGCAGUAGGCAGUUUCCCCAGCGCUUGCAUAGAAUUACAUUCUUAGAGCAGUGUUUUGUUCCCUGAGUGCUUUUACCCUGACCUCUUUUAGUUUGGCAUGACAAAAAGGACACAAUUUGUUGAUUAACCUUCACAGAGGGGAGAGAAAGAAGAGGUCCAGCCAGGGAGGGUGGAUCCAGAGGUCUGCUUUGGUCAUGCUGAGUUGAGAUGCUUUUGUGACAUCCACAUGGAGAAGUGAAGUAGAUGUUGAUUUCCAGGUCUGGAGCUCACAGGAGAUACCUGAAUGGGUGAUAGAAAAUGUGGAGCAAAGGUUGAGAAGACAACAGGAACUAGACCAAUUCCCGUUGUUGAGUUUAGAGUAAAAGAGAAUGAGUAGGAUGAGAAGGACAAUGCAAAUGUCAGAGGAAGACACGGGAGAGUAUUGUCAUAAAAAGCAAGAGAUGGGGAUACUUCAGGGAGUAUUGUCAUAAAAAGCAAGAGAUGGGGAUACUUCAGGAUGGAGGGAGUAGGGAGGCUGUCAUGUUACUGAGAUGUAAGGCCAACACUGGAAAAAUGUCCAAUGGAUUUAGCAACCAGAGGUAACUGUUGACCCUAGGAAGCUUAUUUUAGCGCAGAGAGAGGGUGGCAGUCAGCCUGGGCUGGGUUUUGGAAUGAGUGGAAGACAAGGACAUGCAGAUAGUGAUCACAGACAACUGUUUUGAGAUUUAAAAAAAAAAGUAUAAUGUUUGGCCGGGCGCGGUGGCUCACGCCUGUAAUCCCAACACUUUGGGAGGCUGAGGUGGGUGGAUCACAAAGUCAGGAGAUCAAGACCAUCCUGGCAAAUAUGGUGAAACCCUGUCUUUACUAAAAAUAUAAAAUUUAGCCAGGCAUGGUGGUGCAUGCCUGUAGCCCCAGCUACUUGGGAGGCUGAAGCACAAGAAUUGCUUGAAUCCGGGAGGUGGAGUUUGCAGCGAGUGGAGAUGGCGCCACGGCACUCCAGUCUGGUGACAGAGCGAGACUCCAUCUCCAAAAAAAGAGUGUAAAAAAAUGUGUAAUGUUUUAUCAUAUGAAAAAAAUAAUAAAUUGCCUCUAACCGUAAGAAAAUGCAAGCAAGUUACAUACAUUUUAUUCCCCCACUGCUUAUCAGAGGACUUUCAUACAAACAUUUGCACUGGUGGCAUUCUGAGGAAAAAAUGCUCUGACUGUCCUCUGGACUUCAAAUACAUUGCUUAGGUUUCUGUGAAUCUUUAAAUUUCAGGUGACUUCAGUGUGCACGUUCAAUCUACUGAAUCACAAUUCAUUUGUGUUCAUAUUCCUGUCUUUGCCUGAUGUUUCCCAGCUUUCCUGUAUUGUAUGUCAAUAACUUCUUUCCAAGCACAUUUCAAAAGUUAACAUGCUGCUGUUGCCCAGAUACAAAUACUUAACUUCCAAGGAUGCCAAGCACUGGCAAAUAUAUAUGUGCCAGAGCUUAGAACUACUUGCAGGCUUCUUAAUAAUCAUUUUACUACUUAUCUGAGAGAUAUAAUCUAGUAUUUCAGUGUCUGGAAAUCCUGGUAGGUAGUCAGUAUUUUUGUUUGGAAGUACAGGAUAUCAGUAGAGAAACACUUCAUUUUAUUAAUGUCAAACAAGUAAGGUAUUAUUUUCCCAUAAAUGUGAGAUUGUUUGAAAUGAAAACAAACAAAACCAGGUAAGACAAUAGAAGCAGAUGUUUUCUCUGUUCAAAAAUAUGGUUGGUAUGUGAGGUAAGCAUAGGGAAUGGCUAAAAAGAAAAAUAAAUUUCAAAAUGCAGUUUGGGCCGGGCGCAGUGUGCCUCAUGCCUGUAAUCCCAGCACUUUGGGAGGCCGAGGCAGGCAGAUCAUCUGAGGUCAGGAGUUCUAGAUCACCCUGGCCAACAUGGUGAAUGAAACUCUGUCUCUACUAAAAAUACAAAAAUUAGCCUGGCAUGAUGGCAGGUGCCUGUAAUCCCAGCUGCUUGGGAGGCUGAGGUUUGCUUGAACCUGGGAGGUGGAAGUUGCAGUGAGCUGAGAUCAUGCCAUUGCACUUGGGUGACAGAGCAAGACUCUGACUCAAAAAAAAAAAAAAAAAUGCAGUUUGUUCCUAGGGAAGCAUUUUAAGAUUUCCCCCUUUCCCCAAGGGAACAGAAAACAUCUUACCUCUUCCUCCGUUCCUCCCUUCUGGGUGAAUGACUGUACCAUGAAGAUUUAAUCUAGCUGAGAAAAACAACACAUAGAUGACUCACAUUAAGAGGGAAGUUACAACCUUUGUAUGUAUGAAUGGAGGCUUGUAUAAUGAUGUUUUUCACUGUCCUGACAAUCAAGUGGGAAGGAGAAAAAUAAGAUUUAUGCUAGAUUUAUUCCAGUUGAAAUUAAAAGAAAGACUAUCCCUGUGAUCUAGACAGGAUUCGAUGUUUCAAAAGUGUCAAAUCAUUGAGCAGAUAGAGUAAGUGAGAAGACAAUAAGAGAACAAGAUGCGGAAAGGAAAUGAUUUAACAGUUAUGCCAGUGUCUUCACUCAUGCAGUAGUUGAAAAAGUUGAUCUCAUGGAGAUAGAAAGUAGAAUGAUAGAUACCAGAGACUGGGAAGGAUGUGUGGGUG